UAGUAGAUAGGGAAGCACCUAGGCAGACUGGUAGUGAAAUACCCUGUCAGGCAAGCACCCAGACGUCAGGCCGGCAGUGGAGCACCCAGACAGGUAAACAGAAAACCAUUCAGACAGACUGGCAGUGAAGUUCAAUCCAUUUUUUUUUUUAGGUAAACCACUACCAGAGAGACUGUGGUACACGGGUGUAUUAUGAAGGAAAAAAUAAGGCCAGAGAGAGAGACAAAUAUCCUGAGUGAUAGAUGAAGCUAUUCAACCAUUACUGGACCUGGACAAAUUCGAACCCACCGAGUUUUUAGUAUCAUUAAACCAAAUUAGAAGCGAUUCCAUUAAGGAAAUGUUUUUGCUAGCAGACGGCCAUCCUAAUACAUCACAACGUCACCCGGUUAAUUACAGGUGGUGAAACUUCAUAGUGAUGGUGAAGAAUCAGGGAGGUCCCUCAUGGAGCUCACCUUCACCUCUCAGUCAUAAACGUGAUCUUGGGAACAAUGCCGAGAUGAGUCAUGUUCACCUGGAAAUUGAAGACGAGUCAUGUUCACCUGGAAAUUGAAGACGAGUCAUGUUCACCUGGAAAUUGAAGAUGAGUCAUGUUCACCUGGAAAUUGAAGAUGAGUCAUGUUCAUGUUCGCUGUGACCUCGCUGGCAAUCGCCAUCAUUUACACCUAAUCCUCUCCUUCUCAUCAUCAAUCCUCAAUCCUCAAGGUGCUCGAUAAAUCAUAGAAUCUUGCAAGACCCUAACUUAGACGAAUUAGUUAACUUACUCUUGGUUGACAUAGACACUUUCUAAAAGAUACAUGCUAAAACCAGGUUUUAUCCCUAUAUCCACGUAACUUUUAAUAGAAAUGUUAACAAGAAGUGCUGGGGUAUUAAGCUGAUCAAAAUGUGAGAAUGAACGCUUCUUCUGUAAGUGCAGCACUAGAGGACAGUGUUAUCAUGGCUUCAGGAGCUCCACUUAGGAUAGUUAACAAUACAGAUUUCCUGACAGUGAAUUCAACAUCCGAAUACAACUCCUAUGAAAUAUUACCAACAGAUCGCUCCUGUGACUGUGAACGUGACACUGAAAGAACAUUCUUUGCCGCCUUCAUUGCUACGCUUCUCCUCUCUCUAGCUCUGUUUCUAAUUCUUGUAAUCACUGGAAUUGUCCUCAAAACAAGGAAUUGUCUUAUUAAGUCUUUGAGUAAGAAUUCUCCUGACAGUGGCAUCAAUUUAGGAAAAUACCCUUCAAACGAGGUCACAGUACCUCUGCUCGGCUAUUUAAAGGACAGCGGCCCAUGUGUUGCACUAGAAAGAAUGAUUGGUCUAGUUUCAUUGUCACUUCGUGCCAAAACGUUACUGCACAAAAACUUAAUUGCAGAAAUAAAUAGACAAUUUGAAUUGAAACUUACUGAGAUGAAACAGGAUACUCGAGACCAAGAAACUCAGCUAGGAUCAUCUAAAAAAGCGGAGCUCAAACGCUUAGAAAUGAUUUUCAGUGGAAAAAUGAAAAAAUCAAACAGUGGCAACUGGGAUAAGGUUAAGCAGAUUCUAGAACAAAUAAGAACUGAAAAAGAAAAACUGAUUAACGUGAAGUACCAGGAAAAAGUUUACAACCUGCAACACCACGACGAUGUGCAGAAGCUUCACUUUAAAAUUAGCACCGAGAGACAAAACAGAGAGUUUGGGAUUGAAUUAAACAAGCUAGCGAGAGAGACUCUAGAGCAAUGGCGUAAAAUUGUCAAUAAUAAUGAAGGUAUGAAUCCAGCUGCUCUUCCUUCGAUACUGUUUCUUCUACUUGAAGGCUUACUACAGGAUGAACUGAAUCAUGUUAAUACUAAACACGGAAAUCAACUUCAAAAUAAAGGUAAUAAAUACCUCAGAGACCUCGAAAAAUUGCAAGAAAACUUUACCAAAAAAUGCGUUGACUUAGAAACUUGCUACAAAGAAAACUGCAAUAGUAUCAUUAGAGACCAAGACAGAGACCUAGCUUCCUCACCCUGGAAUGAAGGAAAACUAAUGGAACAAGUGAAGGAAUUGUAUGACUUCAGAACGCAAAUACUUGAUGUCAAAUUAAGUUUAGAUAUGAAGAAGACCCAAGACAAGUAUUCUGAGGUCACACUGAAGCUUCGUCACCUUGACAGUGUUAUACAACUUCAGAACGAGCAUCUUGAAGAUCUGGAGAAAGUCAUAACAUUAAUUAUAAAAUCUCAAAAGAUCUACGUUCAAGUUUUGAUCCAUCUACAUAAAGGAACGGAACUUAAGAUCGAUGGGCAACGACAAGACACCGAGAUGCCAUGGCAGGAAGAGGCUGAAACAGUGGAUUCAUAGCGGAAGCGCUAUGAAUAAAAAGAGUGAACGGGAAAAUGUAAAUAUCUUACCAAAGAAUUUCACAAAAGCUUGUGCUUUCAAACCCAUAGGUGCCGAGAAAAUAUGAUAAAGAUGGAGUUAAAGAAUAUGCUCUUGAUUUUCUGAUAUCAUAUAUUGAAAUUUUGUCUACAAAUGCAAGUAGCGUGAGACUAUAUUUUUGCAGAAUGAGGCUCUAAUUUUAAGACAUCAAUUAAACUAUAUAUUGUAAUUCAGAUUUUGUGUUUGAUGCACCAUAAUUAUUCUCAUUUUGCAUAUGUUAUAUCUGCAUUUUUUUUUUAAAUAGGAGAUUAAUCAAAGCUUCCAGUAAAUUUUAUUAUUUGUAAAUUAAUACUUAAGGUCACGUUUGAAUUCAUUACAGAGAUUGGCAAUAAAAUAUGUUGUAAUACUAAUUAACAGACUGCAAUCUCAGUCACCAGAAAUUUAUGAAGAAAAACAAAGUAAAAUGCCAACAAUAUGCAAUAAACAUAAUGUAAAUAUAAUGAGUGAUUUAAAUCUGCCAAGGUCAAAGAUUUUCAUGUACAUGGUAACUAUAAUUUAAAUGUGCAGAUGUACUAUAUGGAUAAAAAAGUCAUCAUCGAUAAAAUACAUAACAGAUAUAAAUUAAAAAUGAGGAAAAACACUAAGUUUGAAAAUUAUAUAGAUUACAAUCAAGAAAAUUCACCAAAAUACAUCUCGAGUUUUAAUACCAAAGUAAGAAUAAUAUAACUCAUAAAUACGAUGUGAAUACAACUAACACAAACGUUGAUUUAAAAUCUUAAAUUAUCGAAACAUGUUUUAUUGCUAAGCUGAUGUCAAAAACAUCUGCCAAACAUAAAUGGUGGAACAAAAAAAACAUGGUUUUGCUCAA